AAGUGGUCGCUGUGUUGUUGCACCAGUGCUGCUGUCAUGUGAUAGCUCGUCAGAGGAGCUGCUGCUGUUGACAGUAGCUUCCUACCCUUUAGAGGAGAAGCUGAAAUAAAAGCACGCAGGAAAGACGUUUUAUGUUUGUUGGAGAGGAUAAAACACGCCUCGUUUCUGACGGAGAACAGGGAAGCAGGGGUUGUGUAGCUUCGGCCCUCGGACGCUGCCAUGGGUUGCUGUUACAGCAGCGAGAACGAGACCACAGAGCAGGACCCUGAUGAACGUAAGCCACUGAUCCCCCACCCGAACCCCGUCAGCAAACCCCCAAAUGGGACUGACUGGAUCACUACCAGUGUCCCCUCAGCACGGACAGAUGAACAGGCCCUCCUUACAUCCAUACUCCACAAGACAGCACAGAACAUCAUUGAUGUCUCAGCAGCUGACUCUGUCAUGAUGGAGCAGCAUGAAUACAUGGACAAAGCUCGGCAAUACAGUACAAAGCUGGCUGUGUUGAGCAACAGUCUGCCCCAGAAGAAAGCCCUUGCUCUCCCCUCCCUCACCAGCCAGCCCCACCAAGUGCUAGCGAGUGACCUGGUACCAUACUCAGAUGUCCAGCAGGUGUCCAAGAUAGCAGCUUAUGCUUACAGUGCAAUCUCUCAAAUCAAAGUGGAUGCUAAAGAAGAAUUGGUGGUUCAGUUUGCCAUUCCCUGAUUCUGCGACUCUGGCCUGCGUAUUGUUCCUCCCAUGUCACUCUCUCUUUGUCACUCGUGCAUCCUCACCCUCCUGCCCACCCUUCAUCAAAGCAUCUUGGUCCUUGUGCUUCUUAGCUAUGCCUCUAACUGCUACAAAGACAGAGACGGAUUGUACCCCAUGGCUGUCCGUUAGUGUACUAAAUCAUGGGUCAGUGAAAAAUUGUCAUCAUAGGCAACUGAAGAUGGUCUACUGCAGAUGGGCUAUUGGGGUGUGAUCUCAUAUUUACAACAACAAGGUCUCCUCUGUGUGUAUUGUGUGGCUCAGAGGCUUUGUCGGAACCAGCUGUGGAAAAAUCCUCUUUCAUUCUUCUUGGUGAUCUCUCUAAUCUUUCUAAAUAUUUAUCCCAGUGUCUCUAUUUUAUUUAGUUUCCCUGGCCUGUAUGUAGGCAAGCAAGGCUAGCUUUACACCCCAGGCUGUUAUCCUGAGGCAUGGAAGAAUGUAAAGUAUAUUCACCUUGGACAGAGCUGUAGGAUUUUUGGCAAAAGGCCUUGGCUAUUGCUGUAUAUACUUAUAUACAAUCUCAACUGGAACAAGAAAAAUGAUUCAUCUCUGUGGCAUUGGAUAAUGGAAAUUAUCACAGUACCAUAGGUGCAAGUGCAGUGGUUGAGUAAUUUAACCAUUCACCAGGAAAAAAAACUUGCAACAUGGCUUAAAUUCACACUUCAUGUGUAUUUAACUCUGUUCUGUCAUCCUGGGAUAACACUGUCCAUUCUUCAGUGUUUCUCCUUGCACAGCAAGAAAUAUGUAAAAAUAAGAACCAAAAAAGAGGUGAAUAUGUUUUCUGUUAAGGUUACUAUAGUCCUUAUGUACGCUGGCAAGAUUUAGGUAUCAAACAUCUCACAGUAAUCAGGCAUCACUGUGCAGGACCACGAAAGAGUGAAAGUCGCUGUAAUAAUGUUUAAAAACUGACAGUGAAACAGGUCAGAUUGGUAAUUUGUUGACAAGGGUAUAAUCUGUUUUUCUAGUUGAGUGACCUGUCCAUGGCUGGUCUCCUGUGGUGGGUGAGGAUGCAAACGCAAGCAUGGUGGGUGCUGGGUGGGCCUACUAAUGUCACAAGGGGCGAGAACAGAUGGAGUGUUCUUGGGGCACAAGUUCUCAAGUUUACAGACAGUCAUUUGUCCUCUGCAGUUUUCUAGCACUAAAAUAAUGACUCUUUAAAUCAAAUCCCAGACCUUCACAUAUUUAAUAGCAGUGGGGACAUACAGAGAUGAAGGGGGUGGGUGUGUGGAGGUACAGGGACAGAUAUCGUGUAUUCAUGCCUUCUUUGUACAGAAUUUUCUGAUUGAAUAUAAAAACAGAUGAUGGAUUGUAUGAAGUUCCUCUUUUUGUAGAGAGUUCUUUGGUUAAGGAUUGGUUAAGGUCUUGUGGUGAAAACCGUUUUUAUGAAACACAACAACACUUUUAAGGCCUGCAAAGCUUUUUGCUGCAGAUUGUAAUAUGAUUGAGUUGUUCAUAUUAAUCAGAAACUAACCGUUGUAGCAGUGUGGGGGAGCGUUAACAAUCUAUGUACCACAGCAGAUAAAAUGAUCCGAAACCUUUUUGUGAUAAUUUAUUUGUGUUUUAAAUGUAUAUUUGCUCUUCUUCGGGGAGCACAUGACUAUGCGUGGGCAGGGAGCAUGGUGAGCCACUCUUGAGUCUCUAAAGGGAUGAUCUGCAAGGCUGUGAUUAUUUCAACCGCGCAAUUCAUUUGAGCUUUUUUGCAAGGGUUUCUUGGCAUUUUUUUUCAGUUGUGUUUGUUACUCAAAUGUGUAAUACUACCUGAAAUAUGUUUGUAAUACCUUAGGCUAGUACCAAAAAGUUUUAAGAUUUUGGUUUUUGUUUUGUUUGGAUUUUUUUUGUUUUUGUUUUUGAUUCAUUAAAGACUUUCAACAUAA